GCUGUACCGGCUGCAGUGGAUCCACAGGGUCACUGACAGAUGAUUUCAUUUCACAGCCUGUCGCCACGCUCUAAACGGAUUGUGGAGUUUGCAGCGGUGGGGGGCGACAGGAGGAAGUGUUGAAGUCGUGGUGGUUUGAACAUUUCACGGAGCGGUGAGGCAGUAAUCUGCUGUGAGGAGGAGGAGGAGCAGCAGCACAGCUGUUUUGAACGCAAGCGCACAACCAGCCGCGGCCGAGAGACGAAGUGUUGUUGGCGGUCUCCGAGUCAAAGGUGUGACGGUCAUUUCUCGAGCUCCUCGGUCUCUUCCUGCCGUCUCCCCUCCCUCUCGCAUGUGUGAAACACAGAAGUUUCCACCGCGUCUGGCGCACUGAUCUCUCACUCCGCACAAUGGCGCGCCCGUGUCAGCGCGCAGCGUCGUCGCUUCGGAGCUCCGGUGCCUAUGAGACAGGAGACGUCUGAAAGUGUCACCAUGGCUGAACGCGCAGCGAAGAAGAGCCUGAUGGCUCCACCGGUUGCAGACUGGAGAGCCGCGCCGCAGGCGGGAGGCGGAUUGAGCGCGGACCUACCCCGAGGAGAGACCGUGUCAAACGGAAACUGCAGCGUGCCAGACGCCGCGAAGAGGGCUCAGACCGACGCCAGCUGUGAGUCCCCGACGUGGGAGAACGCGGGACCAGACUCUGCUCUCAAACCGAUCCCACGACGCAGCAGCCUUAUCAAGGACGGCUCUCGGUCUGGUCGAGACAGGAAGAAGACGGUUUCUUUCAGUAGCACUUUAACAGAGAAGAAGAUCAGCAGUGCUGCCGACUGUAUCCACGCCAUGGUUGAGGGGAGCGAGCUGAAGAAAGUCCGGCCAAACUCGCGGGUCUACCAGCGAUACUACCUUAUGGAUGCCGGCCUACAGGCUCUAUUCUGGGAGCCGUCAAAGAAAGAAUCAGACAAAGCCCGCAUCGCUCUCGCCUCCAUACGUGAGGUACGAACAGGUCGUAACACGGAAACCUUCCGCACCAGUGGAGUUUAUGAGCAGAUUUCAGAGGACUGUGCGUUCUCCAUUAUCUACGGAGAGAUGUAUGAAAGCCUGGACUUGGUUGCCAACUCUGCUGAAGUGGCUAACAUUUGGGUUACUGGCCUCAGGUAUUUAAUGCAGUACGGAAAACAUGCCUUUGACAUGCUUGCCAGCAGCCGGGACAGCCUUCGUCUUCGCUGGCUGGAACGCUUGUUCUCCUCUGCGAACUUGGAAGGAGAGGACGAUGCGAAGGAAGGAAUUCCCUUGCAGCUUGCCAUUAAACUUAUACAAAGUGUGAAUCCGGGGGUGAGCAGUGCAAAAGUGGAGCUCAGGUUUAAGGAGAUUCAAAGAGUCCGAGAGAAGUCGUGUGGGUCUGUGACAGAUGAUGGGUGUGAAAUUAAAGAUCAUAGUGAAAGCAAGAAGCUUGGUGAAAGAGUCUGCAAGCAGGAGUUUGUCGAGGUGUUCCAUGACUUCUGCACUCGUCCAGAGAUCUACUUUCUCUUGGUGCAAUUCUCUAGCAACAAGGAGUUUCUGGAUGCCAAAGACCUGAUGAAGUUCAUCGAGGCCGAGCAGGGCAUGGCUCAAGUGUGUGAGGAAACCAGCCUCAAACUCAUCCAGUCUCAUGAGCCGUCAGAGGAGGGGCGGCAGCAAGGCCACCUGUCACUGGAUGGUUUCACCAGCUACCUCACUUCAGCAGAGUGCCGCCUCUUUGACCCAGAGCACGACAAUGUUUGCCAGGACAUGUCCCAGCCUUUGUCUCACUACUACAUCAACUCUUCCCAUAACACCUACCUCAUUGAGGACCAAUUCCGUGGCCCGUCCGAUAUCUCUGGCUACAUUCGCGCUCUCAAGAUGGGCUGUCGAUGCGUGGAGAUCGACGUCUGGGAUGGCCCUGAUGAGGAGCCGGUGGUGUGUACAGGCCACACUCUGUCCCCACCGCUGGUCCUGCGUUGCGUGUUAGAAGCGAUUGGAAGGUUUGCAUUCGUGGCCUCAGAAUAUCCCUUAAUUCUGUGUAUUGAAAACCACUGUUCUCUGCAUCAGCAGCAUGUGUUGUUGCAACACCUCACAAGAACAUUGGGCCGAUGGCUGUACACCGAUCCCCCAGCGGAAGGCAUUUUAUACUUACCAUCACCUGAAACCCUAAGGCAUCGAAUCCUAAUAAAGGGUAAAAAGCUAAAGCCAGAUUUUGAUGGGGAGGAUGGGGAUGUAAGUGAAGAGGAUGAAGGAGCAGAAAUGUGUCACAAGAUGAAGGUUGUGAACAGUGGCAGUGCUGCUCCUGGAGGAACUGAGAGUGAUGUGAUGCAGAGAUCUGUUAUAGCUGUCACUCAACCCAAUCCUCCCCAUCUUCCUCUGCAACGUUUUCAGCUACUAAGGGAAUUUUCUGACCUGGUAACUCUGUGUCAAUCCAUCAGUUUCAUAGACUUUCCAACGUCCUCCAAAAGCCAAAAGCCAUGGGAACUGGUUUCUUUUCAUGAAUCUUUAGCUGUGCGUCUCGCUGGCGACAGCCCUGGUGAUUUUGUCAACCACAACAAACGUUUCCUCUCACGGGUGUACCCGAGUCCCGCACGAAUUGACUCCAGCAACAUGAACCCCCAGGACCUGUGGAAGUGCGGUUGCCAGAUCGUAGCAAUGAAUUUUCAGACGGCGGGAUUGAUGAUGGACCUAAACACGGCCUGGUUCCGGCAGAAUGGAAACUGUGGUUAUGUUCUGCGACCGGCCAUAAUGCGACAGGAGGUGUCUUACUUCUGUGCCGACACCAGAGAUACUGUGCCCGGCGUUUCGCCCCAGCUGCUGCAUGUGAAGGUGAUCAGUGGUCAGAACCUGCCCAAACCCAAAGGCUCUGGGGCCAAAGGUGACGUGGUGGACCCAUAUGUGUACAUGGAGAUUCAUGGAAUCCCAGCUGACUGCGCAGAGCGCCGCACCAGGACUGUCAUCCAGAAUGGAGACAAUCCCAUCUUCGAUGAGAGCUUUGAGUUCCAGAUUAACCUGCCCGAGCUUGCCAUGGUCCGCUUUGUGGUGCUGGAUGAUGACUUCAUCGGAGAUGAGUUUAUUGGUCAGUAUACCAUACCGCUGGAGUGUCUCCAACCGGGCUACCGACACGUACCCCUCCAGUCUCUCACGGGAGAAGAGCUUCUGCACGCUCAGCUGUUCGUUCAUGUGGCUCUCACCAAUCGGAGAGGAGGGGGAAAGCCUCAUAAGAGGGGGCUUUCUGUACGAAAGGCUCGAAGGGGGAGGGACUACACAGCCCUGAGGGUCCUAGGACUUCGAGCUGUGGAUGAUGUUUUCAAGAUGGCUUCCCCCCUGCUGAGAGAAGCCACUGACUUGAGGGGAAACAUGCAGAACUCUGUGUCGGUGUUCAGAGAGCUGUGUGGAGUGUCAGCUGUGGCUAACCUCAUGCAGUGUGUGCUGGCUUUGAGCUCCAGAGUGACAGGACCAGAAGGAACACCUUUACUGCUGUUUGAUCUACAGGACAACUACCCCACCCUGGAGGCUCAGGGGCCCCUACCAGAUGUCCUUCGCCGAGUUGUCUCUACUUAUGAAGCGAUGGUUAAUGCCAGCAAAGCAGUGAUGGAGCUGUCUGAUGGAAUCCAUGACAAGAUACUGCAUAUCCAGUCAACUGCUAUGGAGUUUCAUGAAAAGCUGCAAAUUCUGGCAGCAAAGGAGGGACUGAAAGGUUCCAAGGUGUGCCGAGCUGUGGAGAGUUUUAGCUGGAACGUGACCAUUCUGAAGGGUCAAGCUGAUCUGCUCAAACACGCCAAAGCUGAAGUUCAGGAGAACAUGAAGCAGGUGCAUGACUCCGCUCUGACAGGAAACCUCACCAAGGACGGAGUAGGGCUGAGAAGAGUCCGCUCGCAAACUCGUCAAAACCACGGUGACAACACAAGUGCUAGAAGUCGCCCGGUAUAGCAAGCAGAUGACCAAAUUUACAUCCUACUUCUACAAAAUCCAGACCUAAUAGAAAAAGCAUUACAGUAAAAGAUUUUUACAAAGGCAGGAUUGUUCAUGAAUGUCAUCUCAACACUGGAGAUAUAAGAAUCAGGAUGCUGAUAAGAUGAAUGUAGUAGGACUUAAAGCCAAGGUUCAGCCUAUACUGAUUUAAGAUGUAAAUACACCAAAUGUUGAUCAUUUCCAUCUCACGCGCAUUUUCCUUCUUUAGAUUUGAGGGCGGUUUCACUGUUGUGCUGGUUAACUGACACCUCAAAUAAAAUCUUUUUCCAACUGUGUGACUUCUGCAAAUUGCAAUAUCGAGUCAAACUGUCAAGAAGAUUUUGACUUAACGAUCAAAGAAACCGGCUGUUCUCCUGUUUUGUGAACCGGCGCAACUUCUGUCUCUUCAGCUUAUUUGUUUUUGUAUUAAGAUCUUUUGUGUGAGACUGCCUUUGCCUUCCCCAAAGUCCCUAUCCUCACCGUCUGAAUAUUGUCUUGCAGAAAGGGUUUUAUUUUUAUAUUUUUCCGAAAGCCCUACUCUGAUCGAGCCCCUGUUAAUUGCCAUACUGAUCAACUCUAGAGGUGCAGAUGUCUCCAAGGAGGCGGUACUGUUAAUGAUGAAAGUGCUUACUUUGUGUGCAAAACACUGUACUGUGUUUUAUGUAAUUCCAUCCUUUUGCUGUUAAAAAAAAAAAGUUUUAUGUAAGUUAUUUAUGCUAAAUGAAGACAUUCCAGAUAUACUUUAUUGUUGGAGUAGAUAAAACUUGUCCAGAAACAGCCAGGAUGAAAAUAAACACAUUUUGUAGAUGA